AUGACAACAGAUAGCGACUACAGCAAGUAUGAUUUGGCGCGCUUGCGGGCAGAACUCGAGCAGGAGAGGGAAAUGAAAGGAAUGCUCGAGGAGUCCGUGUCUGACCUGAGGAGCACCAUGUGUGAGCUACAAGAGAGACUGCACAGUGUUGACGGGGAAGAAAAUGAGUGGAAAACAAGGUAUGAGACUCAGACAGAGCUAAACGGGCAGUUAGAAAGACAGAUGACACUGAUUCAUGAGAGACUGGAGGACCUACGUGGAAACCCAAUGGAUCGAUUGGCCUCCAUACGAUCAUUUGAUGACAUGCCAGCAGAGACACUGAAGCAGCGCCUGAAAACCCUGACUGAAGAGAAGUGUGCCCUCCAGAGUCAGCUGAUGGACUGUCAUCUGCAAAUUGAACAGGAGGGAAAGGCAUUUCACAAAACUAAUGAUGAGAGGCGGGCAUACCUCUCAGAAAUUGCAAAGCUGUCCUCCACCCUUGAAGGCCAAAGAAGACAGUACUCCAACCAGCCACAGAGGGCACCAGAGAGCAAACAGAAGAGAGGGACGCAGGCCAGCAGGAAGGCAGAGGCUGAUUCUAAGAAAGGAAAAGCAAAAGAAGAUGGAGGCGGCGUGCGUAUGAAAGGAGGCGGUGUUAGUGGAGCAACAGUAGAGAGGAGAGAAGAGAAGAAAUUCCAAAAGGAAAGCAGGUUACCCACACUUAAGUACCAACUGAGACACAAUCUGGAGUGA